AUGACUUGGAAACCUGAUGUUAACGUCCUCACUACAGAAAAUGGUCUUACCAUGAAAUCGAGAAAAGAUGGUUCGUCUGUGAAAGGAUCAUCGGUGCUGGACUCGAUGACAGAGAUGUCACAAGCGUUCAUCAAUCCAAAAGGUCUCAGCUGGUUCGUCACCGGUUUAUUUGUUGUUGGUGACUUGGCCGGUGGAGGACUUGUUGCACUUCCAACGGCUAUGAUUCAAUCAGGUAGAAUUUCUUAA